AUGGCUGAAUCACCUCCCAUUGUCUUCAUCGCUAGACAUGGCGCUCGUCUUGAUGCGGCCGACAAGGACUGGCAUCUGACCUCCCCCACUCCCUACGACCCGCCCCUCUCCUACGGUGGUUGGAAUCAAUCCCGGGCGCUGGGUGUGCGCAUUGCCAGUCUCCUACGAGCUUCGGAAUUCACGGGCCAACACCCAGAGAGCCAUCACGGCCAAGCCUUGGGCGAUCCGGCAAAUCUGCAACCGACCCCCGCUCCUUCCGACCUGCACGACCGAUACAACGUGAUCGUACAUUCCUCGCCGUACCUACGAUGUUUACAAACCGCAAUCGCCGUCGGUGCGGGCCUCAAUCAGUCUCUCUCCGAGAGUGAGGCCGCGGACUCCUCAAAAUCUACGGAUGUGCAUCAAACAGACGUGAGAACCGAUUCUCGGUCUCUGUUACGCGUUGAUGCGUUCUUGGGCGAGUGGCUGUCACCGGACUAUUUCGACCAAAUCAUACCACCACCGGCCUCCGAUCGCAUGGUAGCUUCGGCCAAGGCUGAGCUCCUCCGUCGUGGUGAACUUCUUCCUCCAGCGCGGGAAGGAACAAGGGCGCUGUCAGGUCAUUUCCCGGGCGGCUGGGGUAGUCAGUCUCAUCCAAGCUCUCCCAGCGAGGAGGAUGACCGCCGACUGGCCCCGCAAGGAUCAUCAUUGGCGUCGGGACAAAAUGGCAAGCGACAGCGUGCCAGCACCUAUGACACCCUCCAGGGCCCUCAGCCCAGCCGCAUUCCGAAAGCCUUGAGACGGCUCAACACCGAUCUGCCACCGGUUUUCGAUGCAUCCUACGUGCCCCCAACUCCCGGCUAUGCCAUUUCUCCCUCGGAUCCCAUCCCCGCCGGGUACGUGGCCCACGCGCGGGACGCCUGCACAAAGAUCGACUACCAAUGGGAUAGCAUGCGCACGCCCUUUUGGGGCACGGGCGGCGAGUACGGCGAGGAAUGGAGUAGCAUGCAUGAAAGAGUGCACGAUGGAUUUCGACGAAUGGUGGACUGGUACCGGCGACAGGACGGACCCAGCGCAGACCCCUCGAGCGUCAUGUCCAACGGUGCCGACAAAGCUCGCCCCAAGGAGACUGUUCUGAUUAUAAUCACGCACGGGGCUGACUGCAACGCCCUAAUUAGCUCCCUGGCUGGCCACUCGGUACUCCUCGACAUCAAUACAGCGUCUCUCACUAUGGCCGUGCGACGGGACCGCCUGAGGAGUACUGCGCCACUCUCCGAGGGCGCAUCCAACUCUCCAGUAGGUCGGGAUGACUUUGUAUCACGGGAAUACGCUUUGCAGCUAGUCGCGUCAACUGACCACCUUCGUGCGGGGGUCAACCCUUCACAACUCACUACACUGUCAUCACCCGCGGCUCCGCAGCCGGUCUCGGCACCUGCCAUCUCCACCUAUCGCAAUCGCCUCGGCACUCGUCCAUCGAUGCUCCCAGGCUCCUUCACCAUCGGGCCGAAUCCAGGAUCGAGCCUCAGUCCUCGCAGCUGGUCUUUGGCACGACAGUCACCAUUGCCUCGAGGGGCCUCUGGUCUUUGGGGAGCCAGCGCGUCGUCCGACAAGGACGAUGAUGUGGAGGACUUCGUGCCGAACUUCGGGGACCCACGACCUGUGAGUCAUGACUCGUCUCAUACAGAGGGAUCGGUGGACCGAUCUGGCUGGAUGAAGCAAUUGCCGCAACGAACUCUCUCACAGCGCGGACUAUGGGGGAGUGCGCCCGCCCUGGAAGAUCGCGAGGUGUCGCGGCGACGGUGGACGGUGGCAGAGCAGAAGUUGUCUUCCAUGUCAAAUCUUGAAUCGGACGGUCUCUCCGUCACCUAUGCCUCGGAUCGCACCGGUGCCCCGGAUCUACGGCUGAUCCACUACAAUGAUGUCUACCAUGUUGAAUCUGGCUCUGCUGAACCGGUUGGCGGGGUCCCGCGCUUCCAAUCCCUUGUGAAAUACUACCGCUCCCACCCGCGGUUCGCGGGCCAACCCGAUAUCCUGACCUUUUUCUCCGGCGAUGCCUUCAACCCCAGUAUCGAGAGUACUAUUACAAAGGGCCGUCACAUGGUUCCGUUCCUGAACAAAGUCGGGACCGACGUGGCAUGCGUGGGUAAUCAUGAUCUCGAUUUCGGCGUGGCCCAAUUCCGCCACUUAUCAGGUCAAUGCCACUUUCCGUGGCUAUUGGCCAACGUACUGGAUCCAGCGCUUGGAGACGGCGUGCCAAUCGCUAAUUGUGGGAAGACCUGCAUGCUCGUCUCGUCGAACGGGAUUAAAAUCGGCGUUAUUGGCCUAGGAGAGAGGGAAUGGCUAGAGACGAUUAACUCGCUUCCACCCAACUUGAUCUACCAAUCAGCAAGCAAGACUGCGCAAGAGCUGGCACCCCAGCUGCGAGCGCAAGGGGCCGAGAUGAUCGUGGUUGUUUCUCAUCAGCGCGAACCCAACGAUAACAAACUCGCGAACAACUUAAUUCCUGGGACGGUGGACAUCAUUCUUGGCGGCCAUGAUCAUUAUUACGCCCAUUCUGUUGUCAAUGGAACUCAUGUGCUUCGAUCAGGGACCGAUUUCAAGCAACUGAGCUAUAUAGAAGCCUUUCGAAAGCCCAAUGGAGAGCAGGGCUGGGAUUUCAACAUAACGCGCCGCGAUAUUUUGCGCUCCAUCCCCGAGGAGCCUGACACGAUGACCAUGGUUGGCCGGCUCACCUCCAGCUUGGAGGCGAAGCUUGAAAAGCCAAUAGGCUUCACGGUCAGUCCCCUCGAUGGCCGUUUCUCGACGGUGCGACAGCGUGAGUCCAACUUGGGCAAUUUUGUCUGCGAUCUCAUGCGUCAUUAUUAUGCCGCCGACUGUGCUAUGAUGGCUGGUGGUACCAUUCGGGGUGACCAGAUCUAUCCUCCAGGGAUACUACGGCUGAAAGACCUGUUAAACUGCUUUCCUUUUGAAGAUCCUGUGGUCCUGAUACGUGUUAGCGGGCAGGCUUUAAUGGAUGCUCUCGAGAACGGUGUAAGCCAGCUCCCUGCACUGGAGGGUCGCUUUACACAAGUUUCCAAUAUCUCGUUCGGGUUCAAGCUUGAUGCUCCCUCGGGCGCACGUAUCACAUUCGCUCGAGUUGGUGGAGAGCCUAUUGACUUUGACCGAAACUACGUACUGGCCACGCGUGGCUACAUGGCUCGUGGCAAAGAUGGAUUCUCGUCUUUGCUUGUCCAAUCCGAGGGCGGCAAGGUUGAAGAACUUGUGCAUGAGGAGAAUGGUGUUCUUAUCAGCACGAUUUUACGCCAGUACUUUAUGAGCUUGAAGGUUCUUGGUAAAUGGCAACGUUGGUCUGCCAGCCUCCAUCGACACUGGGGCUCUGUACACCGCAAUCUGCACAAUGAGGGCUGGCUCAAGCCGCCGUCAGCCGCUGCUUCCCCUGUAUCUGAGAAAGCACCGAGGAACUACUUGAAGCCCCGCCCGGGCUUGCAGCGAACGGGUCGGCAAGCUUACUAUUACGGCCGCUUCCCUCAGGAAGUUGACCGAGGGUCCGCAACCUCGCCUGCUAAUGGAACAAACAGCGAUGAAAUGGACUCUGACUCCGAUGAAGACCCAGAAAUUCUUACGUCUCCUCGAUCAACCACCAACUAUGUCACCCUUCCUGCUCGGUCCACGGCAGAGGAGGAGCAUCGCCUGCAGCUUGCACGACGCGUUGUCCGCAAAUGGAUGCGCCAUGCUGGUCUACACUCCACCAAUUUGAACACGAUGGAUGGCGAGGGUGAGUUCACACCUGCCUGGACUUCUGGUAUCUCUCCUAGACUUGAAGGCCGGAUUGUCGUGGAAUAG